UAUCCUUGUGUUUUCUUCUUGGAUGUAAAAUGAAACUUCACUGUGGCGAUGGUUCAAAUCGUUUGGGGCUUCGUUUUGGUAAAUUGUUCCAACUGAAUCAAUUGUCUCUUCACAUUUUCGUCUAACGAGUUCUACUUUGCCUUCAGGUCUCUGCAGUGCCUUCCUUUGGCAAGCCAAGCAUUUGGCGCCUGAAUCAUUGAAGUUCUGGGAGUGAGGUUUUAUAUAGGAUUAUGGUCAAUAUGUCUCAGAAGAUAUUAUUCUAUGGUUUAAAAAGCAGAAACUUUGCCUUGGCUGACAUUCCCAGAGUCCAGAGAGGUGCGUUUUUCUUACAAGCUUUUCAUAUCGCGGAUGCUUUACUUUGAAGGGAUUAUCAUCAUAUCACAUCAUUCUGGAAAGUAUAUUAAGAAGCUUGGCUUUGCACCAUGACGAGUCAUUUCUGCUACAUGAAAUGCAGUAUCUAUGUUGCGCCGUUAUCAUGCAAACGGCCUUGUUUAUCUUCAUUGUUUUACUUUAUAGAGUGCAGUUUUCAGCAACCUAGUUCAUUCUUCUAUUGCAAUCCCCAUCUUUAUUAUUCAUAUUAUUAUCAUCAUCAUCAUCAUACCUAGUGUAUCCCGCCCAUAGAAUAAUCAUUAGCAGGGUCUGGGAAAGGAAGGAUUGCAGCAACUCAUACCCAUAAAGGUGUUUAAUGUGUCCUGCAGGGUCGGCCUGCACAUCUAUACAGGUUAAUGAUUUUGUUGCAUUUACGAUCAUAACUGAUGCAAAUGCAUCAGGGAACAAUGGCCAUGACAAUGUGCAAGGAACCAGCCCAAAAUAGAUAUCCGUUUCACUUAUGCUAGAAGGCCCAAGAAGAAGUCACUAGAAGAUGGUUGAAGCUGCCAACCUGGACGAUCAUUACAGUUUUGAGUAGAGGGUAAUGUAGUAAAUUUAGAAGAAAGUUUGUUAAGAGUUUGUUAGCCCAGAUACUUUGUUAAGAGCAUACUUGAGGAGGUUUGUUAUGAACCUGUUAUAUAAUAAGAGAAUGAGGUAGAAGAGAAGGCAGGAAAUUUUAUUAUCAAACACAUAGUGUUACUGGGAGAGCACCUUCCUCUCGAAAGAAGGAUCUUGUAAUAGUCAAUCACUGUGUGCAAAUAGCAAUCCACAUUCUCUAAAUCAUUCUUCCUUUCUCUUCUUUUACUGUAAUACUCUGGUUCCCAGCACAAUGCUAAUCAGGAACAGGACAGUGAUCCCAACUUGUCUUCUACGCCAAAUACUCAUGAAGACCAAGGGUCAAGCGUUGACACCUCUCAUACAUCAGGCAUAGACCUAAGAACACGCAUUGGGGCUGAGAAACUCAAAGCCUUGCAGAAACUAGCAUUCUGAGCUUAAGGGACAUAACAGAUAGCAGCAAAGGAACAACAGGAGAAUCUGACGAACAGCAGACCUUGCUGACCAUCCUGUGCACAGACCGAGAACAUCUGGACCAGGAGGAAGACAGGAGCGUCAUCUCUCUACAUGGACCAAGCCAUAGAGGGCCUAGAGUCUUACUAACAAUCCACCAGGAAGCCGGUAAUACGCGUUGAAGGAGGCCUGGCCAGCAGACGAAGAAAAUCAGAAAAUUGGCUAAGUGUUUGCCUUCUGUUCAUAUUUCUGUUUUGUUAGUUUUCCACGUGUAUUAGGCAAGUUAAUUGUAACGGCUAGUUUUAGAUACCAAACUCUAUAAAUACAUAGGCUCUCAUGUAAUAGACACGUUUUCAUUUGAUCAAUCAAUAUUCUGAGGUAUUUUUCAGAGAAGUUUCAUUUUCUGUUUUGUGAAGUUUUUGUGCAAACUUCAUCAAGUUGUGAGACAACUUGGCCGGAGAGUUUGAAGAGUUACGUAGAAACUUGGAUUCUCAACGGAACCUUGCAAUCAAGGCUUCAAUAUCCUUGCAUUGUAAUAGUCAUAGGAUCGUUAUCCCAAACAGGCAAAGGGCAACAAUCACCCUCGUCAGAAAAUCAAGAAGGUCUUUCUUUGGCUGUUGUGAGUGUCUGUGCAUUUGUUUGUGAAGUAAUUCGGAUUUCUGAAUGCACCAUUGAUUAAGGUUGAUUAACAACGAGAAUCAGUGCAUAACAAAGGCCAUAAUCAGCCCUUUGUUUUGCAUCAACUUGGUAUCAGAGCGCAAUUAUGAAUUGGGAAAGGGUAGUACAAAGUAGCAGUUUGAGGAAAGAGGUUUCAUAUUGUUUCUGGGAAUUUCGAAGGAAAGGCGCUGGGCGAUUUUUUGAAAUCGUCAUACAAAAUCAAUCAUCAGUGAUUUUACGGCAUACAGGGAUAAAAGAUACACGCCAUUACAUUGGGAUUGUUUUCAUGCAUUUUUAUUUUUCGCAUUCGUCUUGUCAUAAAUUGUUUGUGUGCAUUGCUGGAUAUUUAGCUGUCUCUGGUCGAACGGAUAUGACCAUGGAGGAAAGAUUUGGGAUGCUAGAGGAGAACAUGCGUAUUGUUAUGCAGACUUUGAACCAAUUACGGAUAGGCAACCAUAACGAUAGAGCACCAAACCCUAAUUUGCAACCAUACGAGGAUCGAACAAUGAAGUUAGAUAUCCCUGAAUUUGAUGGACUUUCACAUGACCCAACCAAAUAUCUAGAAUGGGAAGGAAGACUGGAACAAUACUUUGAAUUUAGGGAAACACCAUUGGACCACCAGUUCAAGGUAGCUAAGGUGAAAUUGAUUAAGUCAGCUGCGGUUUGGUUAGAGGGGAUUCAGAAACAGAGACUUAGGGAGGAAAGAAAUAGGAUCAACACUUGGGGAAAACUUAGAAAACACAUGAGAAGAAGAUAUGUCCCAAAAUCCUACAAACAACAACAGUAUGUGCAACUCAAUGCCAUGAAACAAGGGAAUAGAUCAGUGCAGGAGUUCAUGAAUGAAUGGGAAAGAUUAUAUGUUUUGUGUGACAUCCAUGACCCUGAGGACAUGAGGGUAAGCAGGUUUGUAGCAGGAUUGAGAGAGGAAAUUAGGGAUAACAUGAUGAUUACGCCUGACCUCACUCUACAUGCAGCAAGCUUACAUGCUAUUGAGGUUGAGAAGUAUCUGAAAAGGUUAGCGGCUGCACACACUAAGACCACCAGGACCUACAACCCUAAGAACACCGGUAGCUUCACCACACCUAGAAAGGAAGUACAGAAUACUGGACCCAAGAGCAAUACAGCAAGAACAGAGCCCCCCACGAACUCUAAGGAUGUGAUAUGUUUUAAGUGCAAUGGAAGAGGUCACUACAAGAGGGAUUGUCCUAAUGCUAGAGCCUUUACCAUGAGAGAGUGGAAUGACAUUAGGCAAAACACCAACCCCAAGAGAAUGUUAGUCUCAAGGAAUGGGCAAGAAGAAGAGAUUGACCCACCUAACCUUAGUGAUGAAGAUGGUACUUAUUUGGAAGAUGAAGAAGGGAACAGACGCAUAUAUGAGGGAGAUACUGAGGAGGAAGAAGAGGGAGAUUUGGAGAAGAUCCCACCUGAGGAAGAGCAUGUUAGUUUAAUCAUUAGGAGAAGCUUCCACACUACACCCAUGGCAAAAAAAGUCUGACCAAAGGGAGAA